GUAAUUAAGUUAGUAGUACUUUUUCGAAAUUUCAAAUAUUCCAAAUUUUUAAUUAUAAAUAAAAUUUUUUGCUUUUACUUUCAAGCAGUUUUACUUAGGCUUUCUCCACCUUACUAUAUAACAAUAGCGUUCUACACAUUUAUAUUCAAGAUUUUACUUGUUAAUAUGCCAGUUUUGCUGUUAUCAGCAAAUGAUUAUUGCGAGAAAAACUGGUGGACCAAUUUUUUAUAUGUCAAUAAUUUUGUUCAUUACGAUAAGCAGUGUUAUACACCAUCAUGGUAUCUAGCAGUUGAUUUUCAACUUUAUUUAUUCUCACCAAUUUUGCUCGUACCGUUAGCACUGAAACCGACUGUUGGAUUUUGUAUAGCAGGACUUCUUCUACUUUUUUCUACAAUAUUUAAUUUUGCAACUGUAUAUACAGAAUAUUUUCCACCUAGCGAUUUCAGUGGUGCCAUGGAUCCAAGAAUGGCGCAAUACUUUCUAAUAUUAGUAAUUUUCAUCUUAUUCAAAAAUCCACAUCAAAUC